AGCUUCAUUUCAAAGGAAUAAAAGUGGGUUUUGAAGGAAGAAAGAAACCAACAAAACAGAAAGAAGAAGCAAGGAAUAACAACAAAAACCAUGAACAACAACGGCCAUGGCGGAGAAGAUCAGCGUAACAAAGAAAGCCUUGAUUCCGGAUUCAACCAAACCCUCAAGAAUGUCCAAGGGUUGCUUAAAGGUCGCAGCAUUCCUGGUAAAGUAUUAUUGACCAGAAGACCAGAUCCAAUUGAUGAAUCAGGCUUACAAGAACAAUCUCCCAGUUAUCAAAGAAGCUUCUCACAGAACGAUGCUGGCACAAGUGAUGACAUGGACAAGACUGUAGAGGGAGGGGUCAGAAAUACAAAUAACCGAGAUGGUAAUACAACUGUUAAUAAGUCAAGAUCUCCAUUUUCGAAGACUGAGAAUGCUUCCAAUGAAGUUCAGAACUCUCCAAUGGGCACAAGAGCUACAGAUUCUGCCAGGGUUACAAAGUUCUCUAGAGAGCUAUCAGGACAAACGGUCAUUUUAGAGAGAUUACGUGAGUUAUCUUGGAGUGGUGUUACACCUUACAUGCGUCCUAAUGUAUGGAGACUUCUGUUGGGAUAUGCACCAUCUAAUUCAGAUAGAAGGGAGGGAGCUCUAAGGAGGAAACGCAUUGAGUAUCUUGAUUGUGUUGCUCAAUUUUAUGACAUUCCUGAUACUGAACGGUCAGCUGAUGAGAUUAGUAUGCUUCGUCAGAUUGCUGUUGAUUGUCCUAGGACGGUACCUGAUGUUGUUUUCUUUCAGCAAGCUCAAGUUCAAAAAUCCUUGGCACGCAUUCUUUAUACAUGGGCCAUUCGGCAUCCUGCAAGUGGAUAUGUGCAGGGGAUAAAUGAUCUUGUAACACCCUUUCUAGUUGUCUUCUUAUCGGAGUAUUUAAAAGGGAGCAUAGAUAGUUGGUCAAUGUCUGCUAUACCUUCCGAGAAGAUAUCCGACAUAGAAGCUGAUUGCUAUUGGUGCUUAUCAAAGUUGCUUGAUGGCAUGCAAGACCAUUACACAUUUGCUCAACCGGGAAUCCAGAGGCUUGUAUUUAAGCUGAAGGAAUUGGUUAGGCGCAUUGAUGAACCUGUUUCUAGACACAUGGAGGACCAAGGACUAGAAUAUCUUCAGUUUGCUUUUCGCUGGUUCAACUGUUUGCUUAUACGCGAGAUCCCUUUUCAUCUAGUAACCCGUCUAUGGGACACGUAUCUUGCUGAAGGAGAUGCACUGCCGGAUUUCCUCGUCUACAUAUUUGCCAGUUUUCUUCUAACGUGGUCAGAUGAACUUCUGAAGCUUGACUUCCAGGAGAUGGUGAUGUUCCUUCAACGCCUUCCAACUCAAAACUGGACAUAUCAGGAGCUCGAAACAGUACUUUCUAGGGCUUACGUAUGGCACAGUAUGUUUAACAAAUCUCCCAGCCACUUAGCUAGUUGAACUUAAAUUUUGUGUUAUUUAUUUAUCUGAUUUCUCCCCGUUUUAAAUUAUCAUUGUUUGUUCGUCAAAGUGAUUCAGAGGGCGACGUGCAUGCUCUUUUGUUUGUGUUCAAGUAGAGGUCAAGUGUUCCUUGUAUUGCGGCACCCGGACUUAGGGUUAUUGGAAUUAGUAUGUGUAUAUUGUCCGACACACACACAUAUAUAUAUAUAUACAUUCUUUUCUAGUGUUUUUCCCAUUUAUUUGACGGGUUCGUAUCGAACACAGUUGACGAACACAAAUAACUUUAGGGAAAAUUAUGAGUCUGGGUAACAUAGGUUUCAUGUAAUUGGCAUAUGUUUGUAAUACACAUCAACCUUGGAAAGUAA